AUGCUCUUCAACGUGUUGGUCCCGCUGCUCGGCCUCGUGGGCGCCGCGCUCGGCAUUGGGACACUAACCGACGAUGACCUGCGCGGCCUACCGUCUCCCGGCGACGAUUUCGACAUUCACAACGGGAAGCUCCUGGCUCCGAUCCUCAUACCGCGAGUGCCCGGUACGGAAGGGCAGAAGAAGACGCAGCAGCACUUUGUCGACUUCUUCACGGCCAACCUGCCAGAUUGGGAACUCCUAUGGCAGAACUCAACCUCCAAGACGCCGGCGACUGGCAACAAUGAAAUACCUUUCGCAAACAUCAUUCUGCGCCGCGAUCCUCCGGGAUAUCGGGAGGGAGAAGUCGGGAGGCUUACUCUGGUGGCGCAUUACGAUAGCAAGAUCGAACCCAAGGAUUUCAUUGGGGCGAUAGACAGCGCGGCGCCGUGCGCGAUGCUGAUGCACAUUGCGAGGAGCAUCGAUGGGGCGUUGAAAUCCAAGUGGGAUGCCAUGGCUGCGAGCGGCGACCUUGACGACAACUUGGAACCUGGUGUUGGAGUGCAGAUCCUGUUGCUGGACGGAGAGGAGGCUUUCGUGCGCUGGACGCAGACGGACUCGCUGUACGGCGCAAGAUCAUUGGCCGAGACGUGGGAGUCCGAGUUUCAUCCUUCCAUGUCAACUUUCAGAACGCCUCUGCACUCCAUUAGCCUCUUUGUUCUCUUGGAUCUUCUCGGGUCGCCUAACCCUCGCGUGCCGUCCUACUUUCUAACCACUCACUGGGCUUACAAUAACAUGGCGGUACUAGAGAAGCGCAUGCGUGACCUAGGACUGCUUGAAUCCAACCCCAGCAGUCCGUUCCUACCAGACGCACAGAAGCGUGCCGAUCAGUUCGGCUAUGGAGGCAUUGAAGACGACCACAUUCCCUUCCUAAGAAGGGGCGUCGAUAUCCUCCACUUGAUUCCCACCCCAUUCCCUGACGUGUGGCACACAAUGGCGGAUGAUGGCGAGCAUCUUGACAUGCCGACUGUGUCAGAUUGGACAAAGCUCGUCAUGGCGUUCACGGCAGAGUGGUUGGACUUAUCCGGGCACUUCCCAAAGGCCGCUUCGACGGAAAAGAGAAGCGAAACUACGAGUGAAACCAGCAAAAAGACUGAGUUAUGA